UGUACUCGUCAGAGGGAGGCGGGAUUUGGUCAGAGGGCAAAUAUAUAUAUAAAAAAGAUAAAUAAAUAAUAUUAAAGAGGAUGCAAAUUGACCGAAAACACCUCCAUCCGCACACCGGUUCAGGCGCAUCUCUCAAAGGGAAUUAGGCGGAGGAGGGAGGCGGGGAACGCCGCUCUGCAGUGCGUGGUGGAGGGAUGACCCUGAUGGUGAUGAUGAGGCCAGCCUGGCUCUGAUGCUUCCCUGCACGCCCCAUUGAUUCACUGGGACUGCGGGCUGCUGCUGGUGGAGAGGAUUAUCCAGGAGGCUGAGGGAAGGAAGACGAGGAAGAGGAGGAGGAGGAGGGGGAGGCUGCAACGAGCAUCAUCGGAGAGUGGGGUUUGUCAGGCGGAUUAUAACGCCAAGCAGAAAGGUUUUUACUGGAGAGAAGAGGGGGGAAAUCCGGUCAGAACUGGGUGUAGUGUUCUGCUUCUGUGUGGACUAUAACCUUCCGAGGAGUCUGGCCUUCGGAUGAGAAACGCUCCAGAAACGCGGAUCCAGGGGAACGUCCAUGUGUUAUGUAACCUCUUCAAGUGCAGUUUGACCGAAAGCUCCUUUAUUUACCACAGCACUGCGCUUUGUGUGUUUUCGGGGCCGCUGGGAUCAGGUUACUGAGCGCCUUCGCUCAUUUCCGUGGCUGUGUGGGGGGGGUAGGACCAUAUUGGACGCUCCACAGUCGAGGUUGGACCCAGCUGAGAGAAGAUGUCGGGGCAGACGCUGACGGACCGCAUCGCCGCGGCGCAGUACACCCUGACUGGGUCUGAUGUGUGCCGAGCGGUGUGCAAAGCCACCACGCACGAACAGACUGCACCCAAGAAAAAGCACCUGGAAUUCCUGAUCCAGGCCACCCAGGAAACCAAUGUGAACAUUCCCCAGAUGGCCGACACCCUGCUGGAGAGGGUCGGCAACGCCAGCUGGGUGGUGGUCUUCAAAGCCCUGAUCACCACACACCACCUCAUGGUUCAUGGCAAUGAGAGAUUCCUGCAGUUCCUGGCAUCCCGGAACACCUUGUUCAACCUCAGCAACUUCCUGGACAAAACUGGCUCCCAUGGCUACGACAUGUCCACAUUUAUCAGACGCUACGGCCGCUAUCUGAACGAGAAGGCCUUCGCCUACAGACAGAUGUCUUUUGACUUUGGCCGGGUCAAGAAAGGGGCUGAAGGGGCAAUGAGGACCAUGUCAGUGGAGAAGCUGCUGAAAGGAAUGAACACCCUGCAGGGCCAGAUUGAUGCGCUGCUGGAUUUUGAAGUGCAUCCACAGGAGCUGAACAACGGAGUGAUAAAUUCCUGCUUUCUCCUGCUCUUCAAAGACCUUAUCAAGCUCUACGCCUGCUACAAUGACGGCAUCAUUAACCUGCUAGAAAAAUUCUUUCAGAUGAAGAGGAGUCAGUGCAAAGACGGGCUGGAGAUCUACAAGAGGUUCCUGACGCGAAUGACGAGGGUGUCGGAGUUCUUUAAAAUAGCUGAGCAAGUGGGAAUAGACAAAAAUGACAUUCCUGAGCUCACACAGGCACCAGAAAGUCUUCUGGAGUCCCUUGAAACCCACCUGAACACUUUGGAAGGGAAAAAACCAGAGGAAAAAUCCCCCACAAAGGACGUGACAACAAACAACAGUUCUGCUGUUGCUGCUGCUCCGUCUCAAGCCCCAGCCAAACCCCCGCCUCCUGCCACAGCCGGCGGGCCACCGGCUCGCCCCGGACCGCCAGCGAAACCUCCUCCACCUGCCAUAACUCCCACCGCACCAGCCCCCGCCCCCACCGCUGCCAGCAAUGCGCUUGACGACGGGUUCCUGUUGGACCUCGACCCCAUGCUGUCUUCUUCAGCAGCAGGAGCUGCAGCCAGUUCUUCUACAACCGGAUGGGGAGAUCUCUUGGCUGAGGCAGCUCCAGCCACCGCUGACGGAGCGUCUGAAGCUCUCCUAGCAAACGGAGAAUCUAGCGAUGUUUCUGCUGCCGCUUCCACUGCCCCAGCAGCCGCCGCACCUGCAGCUGCAGCUGCCACUGCCACCACCGCUGCGCCGGCUGCACCGGCUGCACCGGUGCCUACCUCGCUGCCUGUCUCUGCUCCUGCAGCCGCCACAGCCACAGACAUCGACCUUUUCGGAGAUGCGUUUGCACCUUCCCCAGGAGACGGUCCUGCUGCCGUGGCCGCUGGCCCCGCUGCUGAUGCAUUUGCUGGAUCUGACCCCUUUGCUACGACGGAGGGGAGCGCCGACAUUGCUCCAGAGCUGGAUCUAUUCGCUAUGAAGCCCGCUGACACGGGGGCCGCCGCUGCCAUCACUCCUCCCACCUCUAACGAGGCGCCGACCAUCAUCGCCCCCAUCGCCGCCCCCACCCCUUCCACCAACACCGACACCACCACAGAGUCUGCAGCCGCCCCGACUCUAGAUAUCUUUGGUGAUAUGUUUGAUUCUAUGCCUGAGCAAAGCCCUACUACAGAAUCCAAAGCUGCUACCACUCCUAGCGUAGACCUUUUUGGUUCAGACCUUCCUGCUGUUUCUCGCGGGCCCUCUCCUUUGCCCGAGCCGGCUCCGGCUGGAGACAUCGUGACGGAUUCAUUUUCAGCUCCAGCUCCGGCUCCGGAAGCCUCCUCCCCACCCAAAACAGAGCCGGAACCAGUCAUCGACCUUUUGGACUCCUUUGGUGGUCCUGCAGAGGAGAAGCAGAGCUCUGCUCCUGGAGGGCCUGGAGAUGACCUGCUGGGAGGUCUGAUUUCCCCCACUCUUGCCCCCACUGCUGCCCCAGCUCUGGCUCCGACCUCAGCUCCCAUCCAGAACAACCUCCUGGAAAGCGGCUUUGAAGCCUUGAGCUCGCUGCCGUCCCCAACCCCUCCAGUUCCAGCAGCAGUCGCUGCAGUGCCCAUAGUACCGGCUCCAGCUGCACAGCCAGCAUCCGCCACUACAGCGCCCUCUGGUGGCUUUAACCCUUCAGUGUUGGGUGGAUUAGGCGACUUGCUGAUGCCCGCCGUCACACCGCAGAGCACCGGGGGCAGCACUACUGGAAGUAUAGCAGGAAGCAUGGGAACUCCCGUCGCACCUGGAGGGAUAACGAUGGCUCCUCCCGCCACCCCACCUCCGACUAAAACCAUCGGAGGAGACCUGGACUCCUCUCUGGCCAACUUGGUUGGAGACCUCGGAAUGAAGAAGAGGGAUCCUCAAAGUGAAAAGAAGUUGACAGGAGGAGCCAACUGGACGCCGCAGGUCGCUCCUACCAGCUGGGGCACUCCAGGAGCCCCAAUGGCUGGUGGAGCCCCCGGAGCUCCCGGAGUACCAGGUGCUGCUCCUGCUGCAGCCAUGGUGCCACCAAUGGGGGCGCAGCCUGGAUUUGGAAUGCCUCCUGCUGGGGGGCCUGGAGCUCCACUCAUGCAGCCUAUGAUGGGACAGCCCAUGAUGAGACCUCCGUUUGCAGGAGCCGCUGCACCAGGAGCUCCGAUUUCUCCAGGACCUGCAGGUCAGAGCCCCAAGAAGCCCAAGGAUCCUCUGGCAGAACUCGACCUCAAGGACUUCUUAUAACGUCCCAGCUGCUUUCCUUCGGAAUCAGAGCCUUCUCACCUCUUAACCGGUGUCUGUCAACAUCUCAGGAGGCCAGCCAUGUUCAGCUACUCCCUCCUCCACCCCACCUUUCUCCAGUGUGAUAUGUUGUAGCACAAACUGUGAAAGUGAACCAUAGCGGAUUAUAACAGAUAAAAAAGUAAGAAAAAAAAAGCGUGUGCUUAUAUCGGUGUACUAAUCCUUUUUUGUCACACAGACAAGAAAAAGUCCAGAGAGGUGAGAGAAGAGAUCUGUGUUUAGAUUUAAUGUCAGAGUUGAAUGAUUGAUGUGUUUUGGUGUCCUGAGCUCUUCUUACCUGUCCUUGACCCCGCCUCCUUGUGAAGAGGUAAACAAAGCUGGUUUGGGAGUAGCAGGCAGUGUGGUGUUUACAAAGAUCAUGUUUGCUGUACAUAGAUUUCUCUGGCGAGCGUUACGUCUCUGUUUCUGUGUGUCUGUUGAAGAGAAUUAUAAAUGUUUGAGCCAGAAUAAGAAACUGUAAAAAGUGGUGUGAGUAUCCCCCUCCUCCUCCACCCUCUUUAAGAAUAUCUGGGAAGGAUUCGACCACGUUUAAAUGAAUCAUGUCUUGGAUAUUUAGGAACAACUUCGGAGUCGUACAUGACCAACAAGUGAUUUCUUUCUUUUUCAGUUCAUGGCUUUUACUUCCAUGUUUUUCUCUGAGUCAUUUGGAUCAUGUUUGUUUAGAGCAGGCCUCCAUGGCGCUGCUGUCGAGGAGCAUCUCAAACUCUUCUUGGAUUCAGGCUUUCCUUCUGUAUAAAUGUUCAGCUGUGUUGGCUCGGUUCUCGUGGGUUUGUCCUCAUUUUGCCUUUGACCUGCUCAGUGUGUUCGUUUUGUAUUGUGUGAGGUUGCCAUAACAAACUUGUCGUUCACACAGCUAAAUGAACUCAAUCUAGUUUUAAGUGCAGCAUGUAAACUAAACGAACAAAAUGGCCGAGGGGUUUAAAAAGAUCCUCGCCUUCUUCAUGAAACAUGUUACAAGCUUACAAAACUGACUCUGUCUGUGUUCCACCUGCAGAAUUACUAAUCAGACAUACCAAAGGGCAAAAUUAAAUAUACUAAUUAUUUCCAUCUGAUCGUUGUGUUUUUGCUGUUUUGCCUCUAGUGGAGCCUCUGAUCCACUAGAGGCCGCUGUUGAACCGUUUUGCAGUGACCUUGUUCUCCCAGAUUUCCCUCCACAUCUGUUCCUUGGUUGGAGUGACAGUGUUUGGAGUGUCGGAUGGCGUUUCACACGCUCCCUCCUGCUGUGCCGUAAACCGCAGAGACAUAGACCUAAACUCUGUUCCUUUCAUGUUUGUGGAUUGGUUGUGAGCGUCAGAUGUGAUUCAGAGUAAAAAAAAAACGGGAGAUUGUUAACAUUUUUCAUGACUGAAUUAUUCAAAAUGUAUUUUUUUUCAGCUGUAUAUUUAUUAUAUUUACGAUGGCCUUCCCCGGUGCAUGUAAGCCCUUUGAGAUGCAAUAAAUUGGAUGACAGAUUGAA